AUGACUCCCGCCCCUGCCUUGGUCCACGGCAUCAACGAGCCGCCUCUAUGGUCCAAGACCUUGGGCUCACUGAUUGAUGAGCAAGCAGAUCGUUAUGAGAAUCACACAGCUGCGGUUUUUUCGUGGCAGAAUGUACGACUGUCAUAUCGCCAGUUGGCCGAUCAGUCCAAAAUACUCGGCAAAGCAAUGCUUGAGAUGGGCCUCCGAAAUGGUGACUGUAUCGGUGUCAUGGCAGGAAAUUGCUAUCAAUAUAUCGAGGUGUUCCUGGCAGGUGGUCGUAUUGGAUGCCCAGUCGUUGUAUUGAACAAUACAUACACCGCUGACGAGCUUAGAAAUGCUGUUCAGAAAAGCUCAUGCAAGCUCGUUUUUGUUUCGUCUGAGAUUGGCUCUCGAAAUCUUUCGGGACACAUCGAUGUCCUCCGCGGGUCAAGUCGAAAGAACCCCAUGCUCCCCGAUCUGCGCUGCGUUGUUUGUCUUGAGGGUAGCCAGGGCGGCGAUGCCGGGGUAGAGAUGCAAACAUACAAUACUUUCACCUCGAAUGGGCAUUCUGUUUUCAUGAAUGACUCUGUCCUCAAGCGUGCAGAAUCCUUGGUUCGGCCUGGUGAUGUUCUUAAUUUGCAAUUUACUUCCGGAACCACUGGCUCUCCCAAAGCAGCCAUGCUAACCCACAUAAAUCUUAUCAACAAUGCUCGGUUCGUGGGCGAUGCAAUGGCAUUAACCCAUGAAGAUGUCCUCUGCUGUCCACCGCCUCUAUUUCACUGCUUCGGCCUUGUGCUAGGCUUCCUCGAUUCAUACACGCAUGGUAGUACCAUCGUAUUUCCGUCCGACUUCUUCGAUGUGAGAAAGGUCGUGGACGCACUUGUCGAAGAGGACGUCACGGUGCUCCUAGGCGUCCCGACGAUGUUUAUUUCCGAGCUAGAAGCCAUGGAAAAAACAGGCCAGCGACCACGACGUCUUCGGACCGGCCUUGCUAGUGGCUCAGCAGUCUCACAGGACCUAAUGAAUCAACUCCGUGCGAAAAUGGGAGUUGAGAAAAUGCUCAUCGCAUAUGGCAUGACGGAGACUAGUCCCGUUACCUUCAUCACGUCGCUCAGCGAUCCUGAAUCGAAAGCGACCACGACCGUCGGCAGAGUGAUCCCGCAUACUUCUGCAAAGGUCAUUGAUUCCAGUGGUAGGUUGCUUCGCAGAGGAGAACGGGGUGAGCUUUGCACGAGUGGGUUCGCUUUGCAAAAAGGAUACUGGAAGAAUGAGGAAAAGACCAAGGAAUCUAUGAAAGAAGAUGAGAAGGGCAUUCGGUGGAUGCAUACCGGUGAUGAAGCCAUUCUCGAUGACGAGGGGUAUGCCCAUAUCACUGGUCGAAUCAAGGAUAUCAUCAUUCGCGGUGGUGAAAACAUCUUUCCCCGAGAGAUUGAGGAAAGACUCAUGCAGCACCCUGCCGUCAACGAGGCCAGCGCUGUGGCUAUCAAGGACAAAAGAUACGGUGAAGUGGUGGGAUGUUUCUUGAAGGAAGUCGAGGGGACUUUCCGUCCAAAGAAUGAGGAACUCGCGAAAUGGGUCGGGCAGCUUCUUGGCCGGCACAAAGCCCCUUCAUACUGCUUCUGGCUUGGUGAUGCUGGUAUUGACACCGACUUCCCAAAAACCGGCAGUGGCAAGAUCAAAAAGCACGUCCUUUGUGAUAUCGGAAAUAAUGUGGUUCACAAUGGCUCCGUUAAAGCAAGACUUUAG